AAAAUAUUUAGCUCAUGACAAUCCGUCUUCAAAAGUUUUGAAUUGUGAAAUUGCAGCUACAUUAGUUAAUGUGAAAUGUCAUUAACUUCUGAUGUUGAUGUUGAGAAAAUUGGUAAUAGUUUGGAAGAUGAACAACAGACGAGGGCUUUACAAAGGGAGAAAUUUCUUAGAUGCAUUUCUUCUAUUGUUGGUGAGUUCUGCAAUGUGAAGACUGUGGAAUUAAAUAAUGUCUCUGGUUUUUACCAUGGUAUGGACAUCCAUGUUCAAGAAAUCUUCAUGAAAAAUCUAUUGACUCCCUAUUCUCAUCUCAACAAUGGUUUAUUACGGACUCAGGAUCUCUUAUAUGUUUCAUUUCCUGAUAUAGGUAACAGUUCUAAAUCUAAAAUAGAAAAGAAAGAGAAAGAAGAAGAAAUUCAGGAACCUGAAUGCGAAAUUCAUGAUACCCUAAAAUAAUUAGUUUAUAUUUG